GGCUCAGCUGGCCCCGUUCUGCUCUGACUGCUGCCCAUCAGUGACCGCAUCGAGCGUCUCCGGACAGUCCGCUCUUAACCUGCUCUGCCUGGUCAUAUUUCAUACAUUUGAGCAAUAACAUCUAAAGAUACAAAGAAAGGAUCAAAACGGCAAGAUGAGCUCGCUGAAUGUGAAGAAGCUGAAAGUGAACGAGCUGAAGGACGAGCUGAAGAAGAGGAGUCUGAGUGAUACAGGGCUGAAGGCUGAGCUGAUGGAGCGGCUGCAGGCCGCCCUGGAUCAGGACGCGCUGUCCACCAACGGAGCUGAGGGAAAGUACGAGGAUGGAGACCUCGACGAAGAUCUGGCGGGAGAGAGUAUGGAGGCUGAGGAGGAGGAGGAUGGAGAUAACGCGGAGGCUGAGGAGCAGCAGGAUGAUGACAUGGAGGAGGAGGAGGACGCCGGGGUGGAUAAAUCAGAUGAAGAUGAAGAUGUCCUGCUUAAAGAAGACGAUGAGGAGAUGGAGAAAUUUGACGAGGAUGGUGUGGCUCUCGACAUGGGCCCUGGCGAGGGAGAUGUGGACAAAGACAAGAAUGGAGAACAGAAGAAUAAGAAGGGUGUAAAGAGGCGCCGAGAUGAACAUGGAAGGGGCUACUUUGAAUUUAUUGAAGAAAGCAAAUACAGCCGGGCAAAGUCUCCCCAGCCUCCACUGGAGGAAGAGGACGAAGAGUUUGAUGACACUACCGUGUGUUUGGACACCUACAACUGUGACCUGCACUUCAAGGUGUCCCGGGAUCGGUAUAGUGUCUCCUCGCUCACUAUGGAGAGCUUUGCUUACCUGUGGGCCGGGGGACAAGCGUCUUACGGUGUGGUGAAGGGCAAGGCUUGCUUCGAAAUGAAGAUUAUUGAGAAGAUUCCUGUAAAACACAUUUCCAGUAAAGGAAUUGAGAUUCAUGACGUUCUGGUGGGUUGGUCACUGGCCGGUAGCUCUCUUCUGCUAGGGGAGGAAGUACACUCUUAUGGCUUUUCAUCUAAGGCCAAGAAAACCUGCAACAGUGUGGCAGAGGACUUUGGGGAGGCUUUUGAUGAGAACGAUGUUGUGGGUUGCUUUAUUAACUUUGAUGGUGAAGAAGUGGAAAUUUCCUACUCCAAGAAUGGCCAGGAUCUGGGAACAGCUUUCACAGCCAGUAAGGAUGAGUUGGAGGGAAAGCCGUUCUUCCCUCACGUCCUCUGCCACAACUGUGCGGUUGAGUUCAACUUCGGCCAGCGUGAAACCCCAUUUUUCCCCCAACCUGACGGCUUUACGCCCCUGCAGCAGAUCCCUGUGUGUGAUCGAAUCAGAGGACUGAAGGGUCCCGAGACCAAAGAAGACUGUGAGGUCAUUGUCAUGGUCGGACUGCCUGGAUCAGGAAAAACUGAGUGGGUUACAAAGCACACCCAAGCCAAUCCUGGAAAAUACAACAUUCUUGGAACAAACACAAUCAUAGAGAAGAUGAUGAUUUCCAGUUUGAAGCGACAGAUGAAAGAUGUCACAAAGCUGUCAGCAAUAUCUCAGCGUGCUCCCCUCUUCCUCGGGAAGUUCAUCGAGAUCGCGGCACGGAAGAAACGCAACUACAUACUUGACCAGACUAAUGUAUCAGCACCAGCUCAAAGAAGGAAAAUGUGCCUGUUUGCUGGUUUCCAGCGUAAAGCAGUGGUAGUCUGUCCGACAGAUGAGGAAUAUAUACAGAGGACUCAGAAAAAGGCAGAAACAGAUGGCAAAGAUGUACCCGAACAUGCAGUCCUAAAAAUGAAGGGAAUGUACACGCUGCCUGUGGAAGGUGAGUGCUUCAGUGAAGUGCUUUAUGUCGAGCUGCAGAAGGAAGCUGCUACCAAACUUCUUGAAAAGUACAAGGAGGAGAGCAAAAACUCCCUUCCUCCUGAGAAGAAGCCCAACCAGGGAGGGGUUCAACCAAAGAGGGGAGGCACUCGGGGACGAGGAGGCAAAAAUCUGUUCAACCGUGGUGGAGGAGGACAGGGUCAGAGGGGAGGACGAGGAGGCUUUCAAAACCGAGGCAACUUUAGGGGUGUGCCUGGACCCCGUGGUGGGUCCAGCAGACCACCAAGAGGCUUUCUUCCUCCCCCAGCCUUCCGAGGAGGCUUCAACCGUGGCGGUUUCAACCGCGGCGGUAGGAUGCCUAACAGAGGUGGUGCCCCCAGCCCGGGACCUGGACGAGGCAAUAUGGUUAACAUGGGCAACAGAGGAGGAGCCAUGAACAGGGGAAACAUGGGACGAGGGGGAGGGGCCAACCGGGGCAACUUAAACCAGAAAUUCAGAGGUCGAGGAGGAAAUAAUCGAGGUUUUAAAAAUGGCAACUUUAGCAUGAACAAAGCACAAGCUUUCAACCAAAGCUGGCAACAAGGGUUCUGGAAUCAGAAACCAUGGAGUCAGCAGUACCAUCCAGGAUAUUACUGAAUGAUAGCUCUGAUGAACUGAUUUCACAU